AUGACACGCGCCUUGUUCUUCUGUAUUGCUGAAGACGCUAAGCCUUUCGUACCUAAGGCCUUACGCGAAUUCAGCACAGAGCCACGAGACUUUCCUUAUUGGUACUAUCUUGUUGAAUCGAGAGUCUGCCCAGAUUCACAGGAGCAUUUCAGAUCGGGUUUACAAGAUGGGGAAUUUUGCCAGUCAGACUUCAUCAACGCCUCUAAAGAGGAAUGCCAGAACUGGGCUAUAGACAAGUGGCGCCAACCUGCCAAAUACAAUUUCAUCGAACAGGGAAUUAUCACCAUCGCAGAUGCAAGAAGUGCUGAGGACGGGACUCUUCUCAUGAGCUAUUAUUAUGACUGUCCACCGGACGUGUUUCCUGUCGAAUUUGACGAGCAUGGGCCGCUCCCGCCAAAGAACAAUACCUGGUACGAUUUCAGAGUCCAUCAUACCGAUUCAGAACAAUUCCAAGGUACUCUCUUAAAUGCCGAACCAGACGUUUCCUAUCCAUUGUUCUUCGGCUACCCAGAGAAAUUCACAAAUGAGGCUGGCGUCUUCGAAAUGAGGAAAGUGGAAAAGUUUUUGUCGGAUGAGGAGGUCUAA